AUUCUCCGAUCCGCUAGAUGGCGGCAACGUGCUGAUUUGACCUGUGCAAUCACGCGAAGAAGAAAAAACACACCGAAGAAGAGACGAGCCGACUUCCGCCCGACCAAACUUCAGUCAUGGCGGAAGCAGAAUCCCAAAAAGCCAUCAAGUUAGUUCCCGAGUAUCUCCUGAAAAGGAGGAAAGCAUACCAGGCCAUUAAAGCAACACAAGCGAAACUUGCACUGCAAGAAAAAAGAAAGGUCUCUAAAGGCAAAUCCAUCCAGUUCAAGCGCCUGGAAGACUUCCUGAAGGACAGCCACAGGAAACAUCGUGAUGAAAGUCGAUUAUGGCGACUUCGCCGCAAGGCACCCGACCCACCGCCUCCUGCAAAACACAAAUUAGCCUUCGCUGUUCGUAUUAGAGUAAUCAAAGGCGUCAGUCCCAAAGUGAAGAAGGUGAUCCAAAUGCUGAGGCUCAGGAAAAUCUUCAGUGGGACCUUUGUCAAAAUCAACAAGACCUCUCUCACCAUGUUGAAGAUGGUGGAGCCCUACGUGGCUUGGGGAUUUCCAAACCUCAAGUCUGUUCGGGAGCUCAUUCUGAAGAGGGGACAGACCAGGGUUGGCAAAAAGGCGGUUCCUCUUACGGAUAACGCCUUCAUUGAAAAACACAUGGGCAAACACGGCAUCAUCUGUUUGGAGGACCUGAUACACGAGAUCUACUCGGUGGGACGGGCCUUCCGGGAAACCAACAAUUUCCUGAUACCGUUCAAGCUGUCGGUGGCCCGUCACGCCGCCAAGGACAAGGCCGGGCUCCUCAAGGACCUGGGGAACCCCGGAUUCCGUGGCAUGGACAUCAAUACCAUCAUCAGGAAACAGAACUGAGAGAAAUACACAAGAAGGACGUUGAACAUAAAGUUAAAAAUGAGGCUAUACUUGUCAGUCUGCCCCCUGACCCCCACCCCCACCUGUUGAUAAUACGCCCACCCACUAGACUUUGAGGUGAUGUUCAUGACUGUAACAUGGAGACUGUCGUUUUGAUGUAUGGUCCAUCAUCCGCAGUUAAAAUGGCUUUGACAUGUUUGUA